AUCUACGAGAAUUAUACAUAACCACAAUUAAUUUCAAUUGCUGAAAGCGCUAAUAAAUUUUGUCUCAAGUUUUAUGUAUUUUAAAAGCUAUUAAAAAAAUAUGCUUUUUAUGUAUUAAAAUUGAACACAUUAUUUUAAAUAUGAAGAUUUCUGUGGACGGUUUGUUAGUUUAUUUCCCUUAUGAGUACAUAUAUCCAGAACAAUAUGCAUAUAUGUGCGAACUUAAAAGAGUAUUGGAUGCCAAAGGACAUUGUUUGCUGGAAAUGCCUUCAGGUACCGGCAAGACAGUAACAUUACUUUCGCUUAUUGUUGCCUAUAUGUUAGAAAAUCCAUUCGAUGUAAGAAAAUUUAUAUACUGUUCUCGUACAGUACCUGAAAUUGAGAAAGUUAUUGAAGAAUUGCGCAGAAUAUUUGAUUAUAUUGAAAAGCAUAAUUUUGAAAAACCAAAAUUAACAGGCUUGGUUUUAUCCUCAAGAAAAAACAUGUGUAUACAUCCAGAUGUAACAUCGUUAAAAGAAGGUAGAUUUGUGGAUGGAAAGUGCCAUUCAUUAACUGCCAGCUAUGUGAGAGAACGUUAUCGUGCCGAUGAAAACACUCCUAUUUGUCAAUAUUACGAAGGUUUUGAUUUGGAAGGACGUGAAUCAACAAUACCCUAUGGAGUAUAUAGUAUUGAUGACUUAAAACAAUAUGGUCGUGACAGAAAUUGGUGUCCGUACUUUUUAGCAAGAUUUGCUAUUAUAAAUGCAAAUAUAAUAGUAUACAGUUAUCAUUAUUUAUUAGACCCAAAAAUAGCUGAAGUAGUUUCAAAAGAAUUAAAUCGUGAGGCGGUUGUUGUCUUUGAUGAGGCUCACAAUAUCGAUAAUGUUUGCAUCGAUUCAAUGAGUGUUAAAAUUACACGAAAAACAGUUGAUAAAGCAUCGAAUGCUGCUAACUCGUUAGAAAAAACUAUUGCACAAAUGCGUGAAGACGAUAAUUCAAGAUUAAGAGAUGAAUAUCAAAGAUUAGUUGAUGGGUUAAGAGACGCUAGUAUACAGAGAGAAACUGAUGUCGUUUUAGCAAAUCCUAUCUUACCCGAUGAAGUCUUACAAGAAGCUGUACCUGGAAAUAUACGUAAUGCUGAACAUUUUGUAGGAUUUUUAAAACGAUUUAUUGAAUAUAUAAAAACACGUUUACGUGUUCAGCAUGUUGUACAAGAGACGCCAGUUGGUUUUUUACGAGAUAUACAAUCGAAAAUUUGUAUAGAACGUAAACCAUUGCGGUUUUGUGCUCAACGUUUAGCAUCUUUAUUACGAACAUUAGAAAUCGCCGAUAUGACUGAUUUUAGUGCUUUAAUAUUGAUCACACAUUUAGCUACGUUAGUAUCGACGUAUACGAAAGGCUUUACGAUUAUUGUUGAACCGUUUGAUGAAAAAACACCGACAGUUUCAAACCCGAUUCUACAUUUUAGUUGUUUAGAUUCAUCCAUUGCCAUGAAACCAAUAUUCGAACGUUUCCAAACAGUUGUAAUUACAUCAGGUACAUUAUCACCGUUAGAUAUGUAUCCAAAAAUAUUGAAUUUUCAACCAGUUGUUAUGACAUCGUUUACAAUGACUCUAGCCAGACCGUGUCUUCUACCAAUGAUUGUAUCCAAAGGAAAUGAUCAAGUUGCUAUAUCUUCCAGAUUCGAAACCAGAGAAGACAUUUCUGUCAUAAGAAAUUACGGUCAACUCUUACUAGAGAUUGUAAAAUGUGUACCAGAUGGUGUUGUAUGUUUUUUCACAUCGUACUUGUAUUUAGAAUCAGUUGUAGCUAGUUGGUAUGAUAUGGGAAUUAUUGAUAAUUUACAACGGUAUAAAUUACUUUUUAUUGAAACUCAAGAUGCAGCUGAAACUAGUUUAGUUUUAACGUAUUACAAAAAGGCUUGUGAUUUAGGUCGUGGUGGAUUGUUGUUAUCAGUAGCCAGAGGUAAAGUUUCAGAAGGUGUUGACUUUGAUCAUCAUUUAGGUAGAGCAGUACUUAUGUUUGGUAUACCUUAUGUGUAUACACAAUCCAGAAUUUUAAGGGCUAGACUUGAAUAUUUACGAGAUCAAUUUCAGAUAAAGGAAAGUGACUUUUUAACGUUUGAUGCAAUGCGACAUGCAGCUCAAUGUGUUGGCAGAGCUAUUCGGGGAAAAACUGAUUAUGGUAUUAUGAUUUUUGCUGAUAAAAGAUUUUCAAGAUCAGAUAAACGAUCAAAACUCCCAAAAUGGAUUCAAGAACAAUUGAAAGACUCAUUUUGUAAUCUUUCCACGGAAGAAGCUGUUCAAAUUGCUAAAAAAUGGUUACGUCAAAUGGCACAACCGUUUCCACGUGAAGAUCAAUUGGGAGUAUCAUUACUUACAUUCGAACAAUUACAAAAUUUAGAAGCUGGCAAAAUUGAAAAGCAAGCUUUGCAAUCGUAAAUGAUAAGAUAAGAUAGUACUGUGAAAAAAUUAAGCUAAGCCCACAUCGUAGGAGCUUAGUUAGAUACUUAGAGACAAUCGGUUUACUUAGUUACUUGAAGCUGUAAUAUGGUUAAUUGAAUGGCUCUUAAUUAAGAUGACUAAAGUUUGUUCCACACUGAACACACUGCUGUGCAAGGUGGCAGUGUGGUGACUUUUUAUACUCGUUUUCUUGGGUGACCCACUAAGUGAUUCGCUUGUCACCAAUUAUCUACUUAAUCUUCUCUGGUGUGUACAUUGUAUAAACAAUUUUAAAAUACGUUUCGUAUAUAAAAUGAUGUAAAAGAUUACAAUUUUUUUUAAAAUUUAA